AUGGAUCAAGAGAUGGCAGACAUUGAGACUCCAACAACUAACGGAUCAGUUCCAGACAUUUUACAGAAGAGGAAUCGUUCUGUUACUCUCAAGUUCGAAGAUGUUGUGUAUAAAAUCAAGACCAAGAGACAGGGAUUAUCAUUUUCGUCGAAGAAGGUAAAAGAAGAAGAGAAAAUAAUCCUCAAGGGAGUAACAGGCAUGAUUGAACCUGGUGAAGUUCUAGCCAUGCUUGGUCCAUCUGGGAGUGGCAAAACGACUCUAUUAACAGCCUUGGGAGGCAGGCUCGGAGGUGGGAAGCUUCAAGGGACUAUAACCUACAAUGGUGAAAAGUUCUCAAACUCAAUGAAGAGAAACACAGGCUUUGUCACUCAAGAUGAUGUUCUCUACCCUCACUUGACUGUCACAGAAACCCUAGUUUUCACUGCACUUCUCAGACUUCCCAAUACUUUCACCAAACAAGACAAGAUCUUGCAGGCUGAAAGCGUGAUAACACAAUUAGGUUUAACCAGUUGUAAAGACAGCAUAAUAGGAGACACUUUAUUGAGAGGGGUUUCUGGGGGUGAGAGGAAGAGGGUUAGCAUUGGACAAGAAAUGCUGGUAAACCCUAGCUUGCUGUUUUUAGAUGAACCUACGUCCGGCCUCGAUUCGACCAAAGCUCAGAGGAUCGUGUCGUGUUUGUGGGAGCUAGCAAAUAAGGGAAAAACUGUUGUCAUGACCAUACACCAACCUUCAAGUAGGCUGUAUUACAUGUUUCACAAGGUUGUGUUACUAUCUGAAGGAAGCUCGGUGUACUUUGGCAAAGGAUCUGAGGCCAUGAAGUAUUUUUCUAGCAUUGGGUUUUCCCCGGCUGUUGCUAUGAACCCUGCAGAUUUCCUUUUAGAUCUUGCAAAUGGUGUCUACUCUGAUGAAUCAACAGAAGAUCAUGCUUUAGUCAAGUAUAAAUUGAAAUCUGAAUAUACGAACAACAUUGAGCCUCAAUUGAAAGCAGUGCUUCACGAAACCGGUGGCUUUGAUCGAAGCCAGCAAGACAGAGAAUUUGGAAGAUGGCCAACGUCAUGGUGCCAGCAAUUCUGUGUGUUGCUUAGGAGAGGAGUCAAAGAGAGGAGGCACCAAUCCUUCUCUGGCCUAAGGAUUUCUCAGAUACUCAUGGUUGCAAUCAUUUCAGGACUUUUAUGGUACAAGUCUGAUGUAUCACACUUGCAGGAUCAGGUAGGACUUCUAUUCUUCGUUGUAGGCUUCUGGGGUUUCGUUCCUAUGUUCCACGCCAUCUUCACUUUCCCUCAAGAACGCAUGAUGCUUCAAAAAGAACGAUCUUCAGGAACCUACAGACUCUCAUCAUACUUCAUGUCAAGAAUGGUCGGUGAUCUUCCAAUGGAACUUGUGCUUCCCACAAUUUUCCUCAUCAUCACCUACUUGAUGGCAGGCCUGAAACGCAAACUCUUAAGUUUCUUAUACACUCUCCUUAGCCUCCUGUUCACAGUCCUAGUCGCACAAGGCCUAGGUCUAGCCCUAGGUGCUUUCCUCAUGGAUCAGAAAACAGCAACAACACUUGGUUCUGUGAUGAUGCUCAGCUUCAUGCUGGCUGGUGGGUUCUACGUUCAAAAUGUGCCCAAGUUUAUAGCUUGGAUCAAGUACGUGUCUAUCAGCUAUUACACUUUCAAGCUCUUUGUGGGGUCCCAGUAUGGUAAUAGGGACACGUACCCUUGUUCUGAAGGGCACUGUUUGGUGAAAGAGUUUCCUUCUAUAAAGCAAAUGGGGGUUGGUUUGAAAGGCCAGAUUGUGGCUGCGUUGGCUUUAGGGAUAAUGCUGGUAGGUUAUAGACUUUUGGCUUAUUUUGCUCUUAUGAGGAUUGGGGUCACAAAAAAAUUGGGUUAG